GAAAACUGAAAUAUGAAAUUAUAAGGAAGAAGCUAAGCUAAAUGCGAAUAGACAAACCAACAUUCCAAACAUUCCGAUAUAUAGGCAAGAUGCAAAGCUAGCUAAAAACUCAAACAAACUCACAAAGGAACUAUAUAUAAGCUCAAGGAAAGGAACAUUAGCACUUACAUAACAGUCCGCUUGUAAGAACUGAACCAAAACGAACCUCAAUAUAAGGUAGGUAUUCGGAAGCGAAACGGGAAAUCCAAACAGAUACUUUUACUCUAAUACAGAAAACUGUAGUCUUACGGUAAACGACAACAACCAUUAAACAAACCGCUAAACGAUAAACUAAAAAAAUUCAACUACUCUUCUCUAAAAAUCGCACACGUCAACAUUAAAAAGGGGUCCGCGUGAUUUGCUUACGAUAUUGAUUCGUAAUCUCAAAGCUCGCGCACGCGAGUCUCGCGCGCAGAAGUUUGUUAACGUCUUCUUAACAGUAGGCAAAAGGCGUGGCAGCCGUUACACUGUGACACUGUGUCUGUGAAGAUUUGUAUUCAGUUUGCUGAUCGAAGAAACCUGAGUAAAAGUUACAAGAAUAAACGAGAGAAACUUUAUGUGUAUUCUUUAUGCACCAUUUCCACAAGAGCAGUUUCGAAAGAAGGAAGAUCUAUUUUUAUUGUAGAUUUGAAAACAUUAUAAAGAAAUUUUUUUUCUCUCUAGUUUACAGAUGUCAGUCAGGGCCAUGCCACCAGCCAAAUGCGUGCACGUAGCAACCCCACUGAGCCGUCUAUGGAGAAUUUGGCUUUCGAAGAAGGUUUAACUUCCACCAACGAGGAGCCCGAGUGGACUGUCGGUCGCAGGAGGAACGAUUUAGAACAACCAAGAGCUUACCAGUUGGUAGAUGGUGGACGACAUACUACAGGAAGUGGGGAAGUGUCUACUUUCAUCCAUGGAAAUGAAAUGGCCGGCACUAUGGCAGUUGGUGGACAGUCUGGUGAAGGAUCUUGCACUGUCCAGGAGAAGGAUUCCAUCGCAGGUCCGACGGCGAGUUCAUAUGCGCGACAGUCACUUCGAAUGGAUAAUGAUGAUGUUUCGGGCCAUUCCAUCUGUAAUGGAGGAGAUGGAAAUGUUCUCCUUCAAGAGGAUCAGGUUGAACAGGAUGUCUGGAUGGAGAGACCGGAACAUCUGCCAUUUCCCCAGCAGGAAGGUGGUAUACAGGUCAAUGGGUUAAGUGUACCUAUUCAGGAGACGGAACUGUGCAGAUCGAGUGAGUCAGGUACAUGCCAAACACGCGAUCAGGGUUGUGCCUCGAGUCAUCCCUUACAGGAGACCGAACGGCCAGCUGCAAGACGGCUAAGGGAACCUUCCGGCUUGCUUGCAUGUCAACAGCCUUGUCAUGACGGCUUCGUUAAUGUAGUGAGCUCGUUGGGUCAGAUCGAACAGCCUAUUGAGCAUGCCU